AUGAAGAACGAAUACACCAGAAAGAAAGUCUCAGCAAAGGAUAGGAAAGCAUGUCUGAUAUGUGGUAACCCUACAGUCACAGUUUUGUUCAAUGGAAGCGGACCUGAUUGGUUUUAUACAUGCGAUAUACAUCUAGUUGAUAACCCGCAGUUUGUACAGCCUCUAUACCCAAAAGAGUAUCACGAGUCUCUGGUUAGUCUUAAGCCACUCAAAGAACGCAUAGAGGAGCUACAAAGGAAAGAGCGAGGUACCUGGGAUCAAUGGGUUAAUAAGAUCUUUGACUCUAAAAAGCCAUCAUCAUCUGAUGAUAAGAAAGAGGACAGGGAUGACGCGAGUUCUGACGACAAGAAGAAGACCGAUGAAGCAAACUCACUUGAAGAAUUGCAGCAAACGUACCAAGCGACACUUGAUAAGCUAGCUGCAUCAAGAGAGACGUGCAAUAGAUACACUCUACACGACCUAGUAUUCCAAUCAAGAGUCGACAGACUACGGAAACUGGCUCAAUUAAAGGAAAAGAAACGUGUAGAGCAACAAUCAUACACCAACACCGACCCCAAUCAACUAUUACAAUCGUUUUCGUUUCCUGAAGUCCCCAAGAACACCGUUAACAAGUCAUGA